AUGCUCUACCUGUUUUGGGCGACGCCGUACUCGACCGAACUCACGUUCCCGUUUGUUAAGCCGGCCUUGUUCGCACCGGACAUCGGCUGGCUCUACAUCCCGUUUGCUUUGCUGGUCCUUGUGGCCACGAGCAAUGCGCUGAACCUGACCGACGGCCUCGAUGGUCUCGCGAUCGUCCCGACCGUGAUCAGCGGCAGUGUGUUUGGCAUUUUAGCCUACGCGAGCGGCGCCACGUUGUCGGCUGAGCUUGCGAUCUUGUGUGGCGCGUUGUGCGGCUCCGGUCUUGGCUUCCUUUGGUACAACGCGCACCCGGCCGAGAUGUUUAUGGGUGACGUGGGCUCGCUGUCGCUGGGGGGCGCCUUAGGCGCGCUCGCCAUCGUGACCAAAAACGAAAUCGUCAGCGCUGUGAUUCACGGCGUCUUCGUCGCCGAAGCGAUGUCCGUCAUCUUGCAGGUUGGUUCCUACAAGCUUCGCAAAAAACGCAUCUUCAGGAUGGCGCCGCUGCACCAUCACUUUGAACUCGCAGGAUGGCCCGAACCGAAAGUCAUUGUCCGGUUUUGGAUUGUGUCCGUCCUCUUAGCCCUCGCCGGAUUGGCGACGCUGAAGCUGCGAUGA